AUGUGCAUUACAGGAGAUCAUGAUACUCCUUUUAUUUCUCCGUGUCAGUUUUUACUCGAUCGGAAAAAAUCAAACUUAUUUAAUUCUACUAGCAAUUUGUCUUCAAAUAAUUGCAAACAACAAAAACCUAUACACAACAGUGCCUUAUUUCCAAGUAUUUGCUCAUCAUCAGCUAAAUUUAUUAUAACUGAACGUUCGGGAAUUCUGAUAAUCCUGUUUAUAUUAUUGGGCGAUAUACUCUGUGCAACAGCCAGGUUCACGCAUUUAUCUGAAAAAUUUCAAACAGUCGCUGAAGACAAGAAUAGUGAACUUGUAUUCCUAAAUCCUCCUGCUUCAUCCUCAGCAUUAAAACCAACAAGAUUUACUCGACGAACAAGCAAACCAUCUGGUAAAUUAGACGCUCGUAAGACUGAUAUAAAAACGUACCUGAACAAAGCUCGAAGACAUUUAUCACUUGACGGACAAAUGGAAAUAAAGUUUUUGAGUUCCGAACUUGUUGAAUUUAUUUGCCACCGACUUCCCGAUCCAUGUGCUCGCGCUGCUUAUCUUCGUCAACAUGUCAGACACGAUUUGUGCUUUCGUUUGCCUUUAUUGUAUCUCCUCCCAUAUACUGAUUCUCGUUUGCAUAAACCGUAUUUGUCGGAAUAUAAACCUGGAACUUGUAAAGGAAGUCUAUCUCAUCUCACAUAUUUACCUUCAGAUAGUAUUUUUGAACAGUUUCUGACUCCGGUCCAUAUAUGUGAACACAGUCUACUUUCGCUAAAAAAGAUAAUGGACGAUAAUUUAACUUCACAUUUUGGAAUAUUUGAUGAUCUACUAGAAAAGUCAUUUUGUGUUAAACCAUUCGAUUCCCGCCCUAACGUAACAGGAGAAUGCCAAUGUCAGGAGUGUCAAGAAGCUUAUAGAAGUUGGUUUUGUGCAACAGAAUUCCCACUGUAUUAUCCACUUGAUGACGCAGAUGUAAGUAUACCUUUACACUCAAAAUCUCUGGAUUCUGAUAUAACUGACGUCGAAGUUAAUCGAAUUCAUGUUCCCGUCACAAUUUCAAAUUUAUCGACCAGUUCCAAAAUGCCUCGUCCUCGGAAGAGUAGUUACUUCUUAAAUAGAUCAUCACCGACACAACCAUUUGAUCUAUCUGUUGUAGAAUCUAUGUCAAAACCCAGGAAUAUAUAUCGAAAAUCUAACCCCACAGAAUUCCAGUUAGAUUCUCAUUUACUUUUUCGACUGGAAAUUGUACAACCCUGCAUUUCAUGGUGUACUCAGGUUGAGACUGUUUGCCCAUAUUUAAAUCCCGCUGAUCCUACCUCAAACGGUGGUGAACCUGCAUUUUUGUGCGAUGAAAGUCAUUACCAUCACAGUUCAAGAUAUCAAGCAGUUUACUGGGAUGUGAAUACUUGUGAGUCUGAGUGUUGUUUUGGUGUGUCAGACUCAAUUCUUCUUUCUGUAUCCAUUCCCGAUAAGAAACAGUAUUCUACUCCAACUGAUUUUCUUUUAUCAUAUUCAUCUGAUGUUGAGGAAUCUAACGAUAAUGACUCAUGUAGUCAUUUACGUGAUCGCUGCCUUCAUCGACUUUUAUCAGUGCAUCAUUCAUCAUUGAUAUCAGAAUUUUCAUCUGUUGUUCCAGAUCAAACAUCAAUAUAUUUCAACUAUGAUUUCAAUCAAUCUAAUAGAAUUAAUUCCAAGAAUUUCAGUAACUACCAUUCAUUAUCUCCUGCUCUACAUAAAAUAGAUAGCAUUUCUUUUAAAAUUAUGCUUGCGAUAUCGUUCACUUUUCAUUUUUUCAUUUGGUUACAUAACAUUCAAGUUUUAUUAUUUCAAAAUUUCACUUCGAUUUUUAUUUUUUUGCGUUAUCAUCAUGUGACGAUGACGAUUAUGAAUACUCCUCCAACAAAAAAUAAUGAUAAUAAUACUACUGAUGAACAUACACAUUAUGUAUCGAGUUCCUUGAGUCAUCCUCUAACUUCUUUAGUACCACAUCCAUCACUCUCUUUGUCUCAUUUUACAAAACAUUCAACUCCAUGUCGACCAUCGUAA